ACAGAAUACAACCUCAGUUCAUCGUCCCCCCUUCUCAUCAUAUCACCACAUCCCUCCGGCUGAACUGAUUGUCCAGUUGGAAAUCAUGUCUUCCGCCUUUCCCUCUCUGAGAACUCGUCCAACGCUACCGGCUGUUGGUGUGUCCAGGGCAACAUCGGUUUACCUCCGCUCUUCCUCCAUCGCCCCGGUUCACAGCUCAGUCACAUCCCUCAAUUCAUUGUUCAACCAGGCAAGCCUCAGUUCCCCUAGGUCGCCCGAAGACGAGGACUGCAAAGGCUUGGUAUGCCGCGCGUUCGUCCCAUACGUGGCCGUGCAUGUAUCCGACGACACAAACGAGCUUGCCCGGGAAAAGGGUUUUGUGGAUUUUAAAGACAUGCUGCGCCCCUAUGGUGAAAGCAUACAGGGGAGGAUAACCAUCCGCGACUCCCAGGGCAUCAGCACAAUGCACGACGACUACGGUGUCCGCUUCGUGUCCCUGACCGACGUGGCCGGUUCUGGGGAAAAAUGGGAGUCCGGGGCCUCCAGGGCCAUGAACGGCUCCUCGGAAAAGGCCGCUGGCAGUGGGAGCCGUGUCUUUCAAGGCGGGAGUGUGGAGGAAGUGGAGGAUCUGGUCAAUCUGCAUAUGGAGAGGGCUGAGGAGCUUAACGAGACAUCCCUGCCUUCCGACGGCGACACUACGGCCUUCAACCAGUCUUUCUACAUGCUGUAUUUAAGGCGGAUAUUGUCGGCACUUCCCCUGUCGCCUCAUGAGACUUUUUCGCAUCCGGUCGCUUGUGUCAUAGCCAUUUCGUCUAGAAAUGCUAAUCCUAUAGACAGUUUACGAAAUCUCUAUAAUUCGGGAAACCAUCUUCCUUUACCAGAUUAUCUCAGUACCGAUUAUCUACGGUACUAUGUAUUGGUUCAUGACGAAGACCGGGAUGACAUCAAAAAAUCUACCCUAUUAUUCGAUCAAAUGAAAAAACAUUUCGGAUUGCAUUGCCACCUGCUAAGAUUAAGGUCCGGUGGUGCUUCGGUUAUAUCCGACGAUGAUGCAGUCGUUGUCCCAAAAAGUCAAUGGAUAUCUGCUGCUGAAGAGCUUCACGAAAUCCGUUCAAGGGACUACGACGACGAACAGCCAACCACCUGCUUACCAGACUCAGAUGCAACCGGCAUCCAGACCAUGGUCCGUGAAAUGACCCAAGUGAGCGUAAUACCAUUCAUGGAGCGCUGUAUAGCAACCUGGAAUGACCAGGUCGCGUCCCGAAGACGCGGAAUCAGCGGACGCUUCCUCUCCAUGUCAAAGCGAUACUUCAGCGCCUCAUCUUCCAGAAACUCCACCUCUUCAUCAUCAAAUUACGAUGCUCUGAAUCAAUCAUACCCCCCCAGCUCCCCCGAAGCCCAGAUGCGAAAAUUAGCAGAUUAUGCCUUCAUGGUGCGGGACUGGCGACUGGCACACAGCAUAUACGAGCUUCUAAGAACAGACUUCAAUAAUGAUAAAGCCUGGAAGUACCACGCCGGAGCACAGGAAAUGGCCGCAAUAAGCCUAAUCCUAACAGGCACGGGCCUAACCUCCAAGGUCCGCGCGGACACCAUCGCCCCAAUGCUAGACCUAAGUUGCUAUUCCUACCUCUCCCGCUGCUCGGCAACCUACCACGCGCUGCGCUGCCUCCUGGUCGCCGUAGAACUCCUGCGCAUCCGCGGCGGCGGCGCCGCCGAUGAAGCCGCGACCUGGGCCAUCCGCGCGCGCGACAUGAACGCGCAGGGCACGAUCGGCCACGCACUGAUAACAGAGCGCGUCGGCGCGUGCUACACCAUCCGCGAAGGGAUCGGCAGCGGCGCCUGGGGCGCUAGGAAGCGCAAGGCCGCUAUGUGGAAGAUGCUCGCGGCCGGGGAGUGGCUGGAGGUUGCGAAGCUGGCGCAGUCCAGGAGGUGCCUGGACACUGCGCUGCCCAUGUACGAGAGUAGUCGCUUUCUGCACGUCCACGGCUUUAUGGAGCACUUGAAGCAGCAGGCUGGGUACACCCCCCUGCUGGUGGACUUGCAAGAUGGCAGGGGGAGAAGGGGCAGGGAGAAGGGUGAAGAGGAUGAUAGCGAUGAGGAGGAAGGAGUCGAAAUUCAGAGCGAGACGCUGCACACUGGGCUCAAGCGCAAGAGUUUGAUUGUUGGCAGGGAGGUGGAUAGGGAGGUUGAGAACGAGGCGGGGAGUGGGUUGGAUAGGUUUGUAGAUAGUUAA